UUAUUGUAUUCAUCCGCAGAAAACCACCGUCACAAAAACAGCGCUGCUAGUCGCACUGUCCAGCUUUGCUAUUAAAGAUCAUCGUUUAUAAGCGAUAUUUAAUCACGUUGCAGCCUGUAACACCGAGCUGCGAUGAAGUUCCAGUAUAAAGAGGAGCAUCCUUUUGAGAAGAGGCGAUCAGAGGGAGAGAAAAUCAGGAAGAAAUACCCAGACAGGGUUCCUGUAAUUGUUGAAAAAGCUCCCAAAGCCAGAAUAGGAGAUCUGGAUAAGAAGAAAUAUCUGGUCCCCUCGGAUCUCACAGUUGGCCAGUUCUAUUUUCUCAUCCGAAAACGAAUCCACCUAAGGGCCGAAGACGCUCUAUUCUUCUUCGUAAACAACGUCAUUCCUCCUACCUCUGCAACUAUGGGCCUGUUAUACCAGGAGCAUCAUGAAGAGGAUUUUUUCCUCUACAUUGCCUACAGUGAUGAAAGUGUGUAUGGAGAAUAGAACCAAAGGGAAAAUAGCUUCCCCACCUCCUUUUCCUUCCUUUUACAAGAGUAUAUAAACCCAUAUCGGCAGCCUAGAGUUCAGAGCUUCUGACAUCAAAUGCACUUUUACUCCUUUCUUUAUUCCCAGUUCAUGUUUUUCCUACAGAUUGGAAUUAUUGGUUUUUUUUUUAUUCAUUUACAACAUGAUGGUCAUUUUUCUUUAUACAGCUGUACUUUUUUUCCCUUAAAACUGGCCCCAAGCUGAUCCACCACUUGGCAGCAGUAGACUAUCAGAUGGAGCUUAAUUGUUAAAAAUAAGUCUAGAUUUUGCAGUUGAUCUUUUAUUUCACUAAAACUAGUGAAUUGCUCUCCCAGUGCUUAGAAUCUAUAUUUUGGGGCAUUGCACACUUAAGUGCUGCUGAUGAGCUGUUUGUAAAAAAAUAACAAGUCUCUUUCUCCAGUUCUGUUUCAAAAUAUUUCUUCGAUGUGAUAUAAAUAUUUAAUGAGGGUUCAUCUACCUGGAUCAUUCUAGGUAAUUUCAUUUAAGUUUGUAUGUCUUAGUUGAUUUAUUGAGCUGUUUUAUUCUUUUGUUGUUUUUUUUUUUUUGAACUCGGUAUUCAGCUGCAUUUCUGAUACCCUUACCUUGAGGUGACUAUAAACUAAACAUAGAUAAACCA